CUUCAUUCUAUUUCCAUGUCCCUCUCUUUACCCCCCAACACAACGCUAACCCUUGUAUCCCCUCCUCAACUCGCUCCAUAAUCUAUUUAUUCUUUCCAUUUCUCUCUUCCUCCCUAUCUCCCUCCGUGUUCCAUUUCUCCAUGUCAUCCUCGCACGGUAUAUUUUUCUGCCUUUCUCGUUCCCUUUUAUACCACUUACCCCCUUCUUCCCUCCAUCUCUCCUUCUCCCGCGUUCCUUCGUCUGUUUCCAUAUCCCCCUUAGGUGAUGCACAAGCAGAGUGCUGGGUCUGGAUCAGAGCAGUUCUGUGAUCUUGAUGGGUUUUCGCCUCUGGGUUUGGACAUGAAUUCUGGUCACUCCGAUACACCAGAACACACACACUGUGACUCACUGCGCACAAGGCAAACUUUCCCAUAUGAUUCAGACCCAACAGGGCCAGAGGGUUACGAGCCAAGCAGCAGCCUCAGUAUCUGCACUGAGGAACACCUGGUUUUCAAAAUGAUGAAGGACAACCACACGCAGCCAACUGGAAUUCAAAUUCACUCAACCGAACCCACCAGGAGAGGAGAAAUAUCAGGAAAUGAACUAGGAACAUCUGGGUCAGGGUCUCACCUGCCUGGCAAGUCCACGCCAACUCUCUCUCGGGUUCCUGCUGCCUGCUUCCCGCUCCGUCCCACAUUGGGCUCAGAAUUGGGUCCAGCAUUUCGUUCGUUGUCCCGAGCAGCCCAGGAGAUCAUGGAGAUCUGUAGUGUGGACCAGAUGGGCUGUGAGGACCCUGACCUGGACACUGAGACAACUGCACACACACUCCACAAACUGGAACAGGAACUCAGACUCAUGGCUAAGGAUGCAGACGUACACAUAGAAACAGGGAAACAGGCUUCAGAAUUUGGUGCAGGACACAGUGGAAGACAAGAACAGCAUGGAAAUCAUCACUUCACACGGGGCAGAGUCAGCGAGGAACAAAGGGAUGAGGAGGCGGCUGCACAGAGAGACCAGCAGAGUGUCCUCUUACUACCCUGAGAUACUCACAUGCACGCACAUAAACACACACGCUUGUUAAAUAACAACAAAUCAGAAGACAUGCACGUGUAGAUACAUGUCUAUGAGAGAGUAAAGCAUGCAAAAACACAUCAUUUUAAAUUGUGCUCACGUGAUGUGAAGACCCCUAAGACUGAA